AUGUCCACCGCCGCCGACGCCGCCGCCCCCUCCGCCGCCAACCCCCACGACCGCGCCACCCUCCUCCGCCACCGCGCCCAAGCCUUCUGCAAAGCGCUCCUCUCCCCGCCACCCCCUCGCGACCUCAUCUCCCAAUUCCUGGUCAAGCCGCCGCCGCCGCCGCCCGCCCCGGCCGCAGACCCGUCGUCGGGCUCGCAGUCGCCGGGCUCGCCGCCGCAGCCGCAGCCGCAGCCCACCAUCCUGGAGCACGGCCCGCACUGGGCGACGAGUCAAGGCCGCCUCCCGUUCGUCGGCACGCCGUUCGUCGGCGCCGCGGCGUGCGAGCGGUACUUUGAGCUCCUCGGCGCGUCGCUCCGGAUGCAUCUGGACGAGGGCUCGUUCCCGGGCGGCGACGGGUUCGUCGUCGACGUCGAGGCGGACGCGACGGCGGGGGGGAGGGGCGUGGGCGUGAGCGUCGAUGCCACUGGUCAUCAUCAUCAUCACCACUUUCAUCUGUGGGAGCCGGCGAAGAAGGUGGCGCAGGGGUUGCUGUGGCACGGGAGCGGGAACCCGAACGGGGCGGGCGGGCUGAAUCACGGGUUGAAGGGGACGGUGACGGUGGUGGGGAGGGGCACGUUCGAGAGCGUGAAGACGGGGCGGAAGUGGCGGGAGGAGUUUGUGUACGUGCUGGGGGGUUGGGAUGGCGAGGGGAGGUUUGAGAGGUGGGAGAUUUGGGCGGAUCCGUUGAGCGCGUGGGUGGCGGUCGGGGAGGGGGAGGUCGAGGGGUGGCCGAAGGGGGAGUUUGCGAAGGCGGAGGGGGUGAGGGAGGUGGUGUAG